AUGACGACUGUCACUCUUCCUAGCUCAGAUCCCCUGAGUGAAUUUAAGUUGCGGAAAGAUGAUGCGGAUAGACAGAAUAGAAAUAUGGUGAUUAUUCAGCGGUGGACGACAGUGGACUGUGCCGUUUGGAAGGAUAUCAGCGUUGAGGGCAAAGGCCGCAUACCUUCGUUAUCGCGAGAGAGAUCACAGUUUAUCAGGGGAAUUCAUGACUCUUCAAUUAGAGAACAAUUAAUCCAGACCAAGGACUUAACAUUUGACAUUGCCGUAGAAAAGGCAAUAGCAAUUGAAGCUUCAAAAAUAGACAGUGCAACUCUGAACAACUUUUCUAGUCCUCAAACAACGUCACAGGCAGAAGUCAACAAAUUAUUGACAAGACCAACACACCAGAAUUAUACACCAAGAAGGACAGCCUACCUCAACAACAGAUCUAACAACAGACUAAAUCACCCUUCCACAAGACGAAAUAAGGUUGAUUUGGCAACACUUGGAAUUGGAAACCUGUGUUUAAGAUGUGGUAAAGCAAAUCACAUGUCCAGGGAAUGUAAAACCAACAUAUCACGCCUUCACUGCCAAAGCUGUGACAAGGAUGGACACAUGGCCAAGGUUGAAUACAAUGGACGCUCAUCUACACAGCAGUUGUUUUUAGUUCCUGACAUGUACAGCCCUCUACUAGGUAGGACUUGGAUAAGACAACUUGGAGUCCACUUGAACGAUCUUGACAUCCAGAGACCAAAAGAUACCGGUACUUAUGUAAACUUAGUUUCCAGUGACACAGACAAACUAGUUACUGCAGUAGAAUCAAAAUUUACAGAAAUAUUUUCACCAGAAAUAGGACAUAUUCCUAAUGUCACCUGCUCUCUAAAGUUAAGACCUCAAUCCAAACCAGUAUUUUUCAAACCUAGACCUUUACCGUAUGCACUCCGGGAUAGAGUGGGACAUGAUCUUGACAAACUCGAACAAGACAAAAUCAUCACUAAAAUCGGAUCAUGCGACUGGGGUUCACCCUUAGUUGUAGUGCCUAAGCCUGAUGGUACACUUAGGCUAUGCGCAGACUAUAAAGUCACAGUCAAUCCUCAAAUCUACGAUUCACACUAUCCGAUUCCUAGGAUCGACGAAACACUCCACAAACUGAGAAACGCCAAGUUUUUCUGUACUCUCGACCUCUUUAAAGCUUACCUACACAUAGGUGUCGAUGAAGAAAGUGCUUGUGUUCAAACAAUAUCAACCCAUAAAGGUACUUACAAAGUCAACAGAUUGUCUUUUGGAAUCAAGACUGCACCCAGCAUAUUUCAAAAAGUAAUGGAACAAGUUCUACAAGACCUUCCAGGUGUCAGCUCUUACUUUGACGACAUAAUUGUCUACGGUUCAACUUUGGAUGAAUGUUUCAACAACCUUGUAGCUUGUCUGGAGCGACUUCAAACCAACAAUCUUCACCUCAACAGAAAUAAAUGCACAUUCUUCCAAGAAAGCAUCACAUACUUAGGAUAUGUUAUUGAAAACAACAAGAUAUCCAAGUCUCCAGCAAAAGUGUCAAAUAUCCUCAAUAUUCAAAAACCAAAUUCAGUAGAGGAAGUGAGAAAGUUUCUAGGACUUGUAACUUAUUAUUCAAAAUUCAUUCCAGCAGCUUCUACCAUAACUUACCCUCUACGCCAGUUACUCAUCAAGAAUAAACCAUUCAACUGGACAAAAGAUUGUGAGAAAGCGUUCAUCAACAUCAAGAAGGAAAUAGCCUCAGAUAGAGUGGUAGUUCCUUUUGACCCGGACCUUCCAGUAUCCGUAGCCUGCGAUGCAAGCCUACAUGGGAUCUCAGGAGUACUAUCACACAUUAUCAAUGGAGAAGAAAGGCCCAUUGCAUUUGUCUCCCGCUCACUUUCAAAAUCAGAAUCCCAAUACAGCCAACUUGAUCGCGAAGCACUCGAUAUUGUAUUUUCUAUUGGAAAAAUUUUCAACUACCUCUAUGGAAGAAAGUUUGAAUUGAUCACAGAUAACCAACCACUCACACGAAUAUUUCACCCAAAGAAUGUUCCUCCAAUGACAGCUGGUCGACUUUUACGCUAUGCAGUUUUCCUCAGAGGAUUUGAAUACAACAUCAAACAUCGGAAAACAGAACAACACCAAAAUGUAGACUUUCUAUCCAGGACUUUUCAAACAACGGACUAUCGUGGUAUCGACACAGCACUGAAUAAAGAAGAAGAUGAAAUAGAACAGAAUUCAAUCCUUCAAAUCUCAUCAAUCAACAUCACGAGUGAUUCAAUUUCAAAAGAAACUGCGUACGAUCCAGGAAUGAAAGAUCUUAUGAAACAAAUAAAAGAAGUUGUAAAUGAUCCAAUCUACUCAACCAAUAAAGGAAUUGUAUUCAGAGGAGAACGUGUAUACAUUCCAAGAUCACUACGCUCUCAUGUUUUAGAAGAGCUUCAUGCAACACACAUAGGAAUGGUAAGAAUGAAGCGACUCGCAAGACUCCACUGUUAUUGGCCCGGAAUUGACAAAGACAUUGAAAAUAAAGUUCGAUCAUGUGCAGCUUGCGCUUUACAGUCAAAACAGCCAACAAAAGUUUUUCACCCUUGGGAAAUCCCUAAGGAAAACUUUGAAAGAGUUCACAUGGACUACGCAGGACCAUUUAAUGGACACCAUUUCCUAGUAGUGAUUGAUGCAAAAUCUAAAUGGCCUGAGGUUCGAAUAACCAAAAACGCACCAUCCACAGCUACGACAAAAGAAUUUCCAAAUGAUAUCUUCUCUACACAUGGAUAUCCUGCUGUACUAGUUUCUGAUAAUGCCACUAUUUUUACUAGCCAAGAAUUUACAGACUUUUGCCGACAAAGAGGCAUAUUUCAAAAAUUUAUCGCCCCAGGACACCCAGCAACCAAUGGAUUAGCGGAACGCUAUGUGCAAACGUUAAAGACAUCUCUGAAAAAUUGUGCUGAAGAUCCUCGAAAGAAUAUUAAAUCUAAAAUUCAAGACAUACUGUUUCGCUACCGAGCUGUACCUCUACAAUGCGGACAAUCACCGGCUGAACUGUAUUUAAAUCGAAAGAUGAGAACAAAACUAGAUGCUCUCAAACCCCCUAAGAAAAACACAUCAUUACAUCCAGGUUUUCAACAAGUAAGCCGCUCAUUUAAAGUGGGGGAGAGAAUAUUAGUACGUUCCUUAGACGGCUGGAAGUUCGGAAAAGUUAUUUUUCAACUUGGAGCUCUGCACUACAAAGUCAAACUGGACAACGGUUACAUUGGCAAGAGACACAUCGAUCAGUUGAAGAGAACAUCAGUGCCAGAAACAACAGACAAAACACACUCCAGCUCAUCUCCUAAAAAAAAUACCAGUUCACAACAACAGAACGUGACAAUCAAGGACAAUGAUCUGGAAAAUAUAGAAAUCAGGCUUCAACGCAGAGAAGAUAACAAUGUUAAACUUGAAAAUGCAGAAAUCAGGCUUCAACCCAGUGAACAUAAUAAUCAUCAAACAGAUGACAAUGCUUCAACAGAUGUUCCUCGCAAAUCAGCCAGAACGAGAAAGCAACGGAAAAGACUGGACUUAUGA